GGCUAUUUCUGGGGAGAAUGGAACAAACUCAAGAGACAUGGCUCCUGCUCUGGAGAAUGAAACAAACUUGAGUAGUUGUUGUCGACCAAGAGAUGUGGAAGAAGGGCUAAAUGAUCUUCAAUUGGAGGACGGUACUAUACAAGAUGGUAUGGUCACUGCUGUGGAGAAUGGAACAAACGUGAGAGACAUGGCUACUACUAUGGAGAAUGAAACUAACUCGAGUAGUCCUCGUUGUUCAAGAGAUGUGGAAGAAGGGCUAGAUGAUCAUCAAUUAGAUGUGUCAAUUCCCUCCCAUUGGCGGGUGACAAAUGAGUAGGGUAUUAUAAUUACUACAGCUCUACAUGAGGCUCUAAGGAAUGGGCACCAGGACGUGGCACGGUACUUAUUAGGAUUAAAACCUGAAAUGGCAGUCUUUGGAUAAUUUUGCUGGAGAGAGCCCACUUUUUUGGCUGCAGAGUCUCGUUGCGAGCUAUUUAUGUCGGAUAUUUUAUUAUCAGAAUGGCCAUACAGCACAAAAGGCCCCGACGGACUGAAUGCGAUGCAUGCUUCACGAGAUUAUUGUGGUGAAAUUGUUUCUUUACUAAUACGAGAAAACCCGGAUCUAAUGAGACAAUUGGACAACCGCGGAAAGGCAGCCAUUCACCAUGCAGUAGAAGCACAUUGUUGGGUUAUCCUUUUUCGAAUGUUGCACGCCGACGCUUCCAUGGCCCUUUUUCCCGAUGCCGAUGGUUACACCCCUCUCCUUAGAGCAGCGAGUGGAGGGAAUUGGGAAUUUUGUAAGUGGAUACUCAUGAGAUGUCCAGAAUCAAUCGAGGCACGCAAUCAUCAAGGUCAAAACGCACUUCAUCUUGGCAAAGUGGAGCUGUCCGGUGCCGGCCAAUACAUUCCAGAAAUGUGGGAGCUUCUUAAUGUAGGUGAUGAUGAAGGAAACACGCCUUUGCAUCUGGCAGUAAAAGAAAAUCAAUAUGAGAAGGCUUUGUUAUUAACUUCUUCGGCUUCAAUUGAUUUGGGAGCUGUCAACAACCAAGGUCUUACAGCCUUAGACCUUUGCGAGUCAGAUUGUGAGCAUUAUACCACAAAGGUACAAGCUUUUCAUUCAAAAAGUUUAGAGUCACCGCACCAAAGUGCGGUGCACGGCCACCGCACGCCGUGUGAGACCCACUCCUGACCUUGCACUGA